AUGAAGAUUUAUUCAGGAACGCUACCGAAAGAGAAUUUGAAAGAAUAUUUGCGUUUUAUCACAACGUAUGUCAUAGUUAUGGUGGGUGUGAUGGCACCUAUUGGCUUUCCUAUGAUCCAAUUCUUAAUCAACGGAACAAUAAGCUUUCAGAUCAACCAUUGGACUCCCUACGAUUCCCACGCACCCGAAAAUUUCCUUCCCACUUCAUUAUUUUUAUUUUUGUUUGCUAUUUACACUAUAAUUUACAUGAUGGGAACAGAUUCAUUACUCUAUGCAUUGAUGACAGUUGUUGCUAUGGAAUUCAACAUUUUGAAGAUUGAUUUCACUCAAUUAAAGUUUUUAACGGAUGAUGAAAGAAAUAAGAAAAUUAACGAGUUGAUUGCAACACACAACAAAUUGUUGGAACUUGCUGACGAUCUUCAAUCAAUUUAUGGAUUCUUUCUUUUAUACAAUUUCUUAACAAGUUCAUUGAUGAUGUGCUUUUUAGCUUUCCAAAUAUCUACAGGUGGUGAUAUCGGUUUUUACGCUUCAACAAUAGCAAUGGUGGGAGGUCAAGUUCUGUUGCUUUGUUUCUAUGGACAGAAAAUAUUGGAUUCAAGUUCAGAUGUUGCCAGUGGUGUUUAUGAAUGUGGUUGGGAAGAAUUUAAGGACAAGUCACUGAAAAAGAAAUUGCUGUUGGUUAUGAUGAGAGCGCAGAAUAGCAAGAAACUCACAGCAAUGGGAUUCGUAGACAUUUCAUUGCCAACUUUUACAACUAAAGAAGCUUUGAAUAGUACAAAACAACAACAUUUCAUCAUUUUUUUUAUUUCAUUUUUAACUUAA